CCAGCGCUUAAGAUCGGAGAUUUACUAAAAAGAAAUUGGCAUUGGCACCGCGGUGGAAAAAUCCUGACGCCCACAUCUUGAGCCGCUGUGUCGCCGUUUCACUGAAAUUCACUGAAAUUUUUGUCCCCCGUAUUUCUCGAAUUCUCUCUCAACUAUUCCUUUGCAUAUUCCUUCGUAUUUGCCGAACACAAGGCCACAGUGACACACCCGCGGAGCCGGAGAUGCGAAGCUAAUGCGCUACUCCAUGUUCGGCGAGGUUACUUUGGACAACUGGGUUGAAUUUUAGGAACAUUUUUAUUUCUUUGUUUUGAUAUCUAUCGGCUGAACUGUGGGUACCCACUGACUGUUUGAUAUGAGUGGUGCUCCGAAGAGGUCCCAUGAUGAUGGUGGUCACUCUUCAUCUUCCAAAUAUCCCCACGAUGAUUCGAGUCCCUAUCGGAAGCUUCCUUCAUCACUUCCAAUGCAGUAUCGUCCCUCCUUUGAGAUGGGUCAGGACACUCCAAUGUCAAAGAUUCCCCGCACGGAAUCCCGCGAUGGAGAUAGAAGAUCCCCGCUGCACUCAAUGUUUCGAAUGCCAUCGUCCUCUAAUGAUCCUCAUGUAGAUCAUUCUGCUGCUUCAGAAAGCYGGCCGGAGCUGCGGGACUCCAAGGACGGCGGAGACCUCAGGUUUGAGAAUCGGGAUUCGAGAGUGGAGGCUCGAGAGCUGUUUGGUGACGAGAGGAGGGAUUCUCAAGCUGUGAAGUUGGAGAAGGAAACGAGAUACGAGAGUAGAUUGGACGAUAUUAAGGAAAUGAAAUAUGACAGAGAUAGUUAUAACGAUUACAAGGGUGAAUUGAAGUCAGAAAAAGAGAUUUAUGGAUCAGCAUCCAGUCAUUUGAACUGGAAAGAAUCAAAAGAAUACCAUAGAGGAAAGAGAUAUCCUGAAACUUCAGUUGGAAGCAUGGAACCCUGGCAUGUUUCACGCACCAAUUCCCAGAGUGCAGCUGAGGCUGCAAAAGAAGCCCUGACUACUGACGAGAAAGAGUAUGUUGAAACAAGGGAGGCUGUUGGAGAGAACAAAAUAGAUUCAAAAGGUGAAGAUAAAUUUAAAGAGAAGGACAGGAAAAGGAAAGACACAAAGCAGCGGGAUUGGGGUGAUAAAGAAAAGGAAAGAAAUGAUCAUAGGAGCAGUACUCAAGCAACAAAUAGCAAUAUUGAGCCGAAAGACUUGUCAAAGGAAGAAAGAGAUACAGACAGGUGGGAGAGGGACCGGAAAGAUACCUCGAAAGACAAGGAAAGACCUCGUGAAAGGGAAAAAGACCAUGCGAAGAGAGAAUCAUGGAAUGGGAUGGAUAAGGAGACUUCACACCUUGAGAAGGAGUCAGGUGAAGUAUCUGUGAGAAUGGUGGAGCAGGAUAAUCCAAUUUCAGAUCAAAAAAAGCAAAAAGAUUAUGAUAGCUGGAAAAAUGCCGAUAGAGAGGGUAGAGAGAGGAAGAAAGAGAGGGAUGCAGACAUUGAGGGAGAUCGACCAGAAAAGCGUAGUAGGUGUCAUGAAAAAGAGUCAGAUGAGGGAUGUGCAGAUGUUGAAGGGACUUUAGACAGGGAGAGAGAGGUUUAUAAUUAUGGUGUUCAACAGCGGAGGAGGAUGCAACGUUCAAGGGGAAGCCCUCAAGUAGUGAAUCGAGAACCUCGCUUUAGGCCCCGUGCUCAAGAUAAUGAAGGGUCAGGGGUGGACAACUGUGGGGAACGGAUGUGUACACGUAUGAUUCAGAUCUUGUCGCUGUUCUCAUGCAUACAGGCUACUGUCGACCAACAGCUUCUCCUCCUCCACCUGCAAUCCAGGAGUUGCGUGCAACAAUCAGAGUAUUACCUCCACAAGAUUGUUACAUUUCUACUCUACGAAAUAAUGUUCGAUCUCGAGCUUGGGGAGCUGCUAUUGGCUGUAGUUAUUGUGUCGAAAGAUGCUGCAUUGUGAAGAAAGGAGGUGGAGCCAUUGACCUUGAGCCGUGUCUUACCCAUACAUCUGCAGUUGAGCCCACACUUGCUCCUGUGGCCGUUGAGCGAACAAUGACUACAAGGGCUGCAGCUUCUAAUGCAUUGCGUCAACAAAGGUUUGUAAGRGAAGUUACGAUUCAGUACAACCUCUGCAAUGAACCAUGGAUCAAAUACAGUAUAAGUAUUGUUGCUGACAAAGGCUUAAAAAAGCCCCUUUAUACAUCUGCACGGUUGAAGAAGGGAGAAGUUUUGUAUCUAGAAACCYAUUCGUGCAGGUAUGAACUCAGCUUUUCUGGAGAGAAAAUGGUGAAAACCAUUGCAGCAUCUCAGGGSCAUGAAGCCGAAGCCGAGAAAUCUCAGAAUCACUUUGUGCACUGCCCAAAUGGUGAUAGAACUGAUAAUGAUAAUACUUUGAUUGAUGUGUUUCGGUGGUCUCGCUGUAAGAAGCCACUGCCCCAGAAGGUUAUGCGUUCUAUUGGUAUUCCACUGCCUUCCGAACACAUGGAGGUACUUGAGGAUAAUCUAGACUGGGAAGAUGUGCAGUGGUCACAAACUGGCGUUUGGAUAGCUGGAAAAGAGUAUCUACUUGCUCGUGUGCAUUUCCUAUCCAUGAAUUAGUUACAUUUUUAUGUUUUAUUUUGUGAUUCUUAGAUGUAUGAGAAUAUGUAUCAAAUAGUGAUAUUUCAGAGUAGUAUGAUGYUAUUUCAACCGUGCGAAAAUUCCAUGCGGAAAACUGGACUCUUGUUCUUGCAUCGCAUUAUUAUAUUCACAAAACUAGACUUGGAGUUGGUGUUUAGUUUAAUUUCUUCAUCAAGCAUCCAACACCCUUCAACUUUUUGGGAGUGCCUGAAUGAUUUGACAUCUUAUGUAAUUACCUUGCCCCAUCCCGUUGCCAUCUUGGAUGAUCUAUUUGAUAUUCAUGAAGGUAGUAGCUUUGAAA